UGCCAAUGAACUCGACCCCGCUGAUCGUACCGUUCACAUUUCCCGAUGUGCAAACCGGCGAUGAGGCAUUGUUCAGCACGAAGGCACUUAUAGGGGAGACCUGUUCUGAUACUCGCGCUGUCUGUCUUUCUUCAUGGAGAAGACCUACGGAACGAGGGUCCGUGUUGUCAGGCUCUGGAUCCGAAUCUAUCCACGGCGUUGCCAUUGGUUGUGAGGACGGCUCCUUGUUUUUGUUCCAGCGCCCUGUGGACCAUCAUUUCCCUUCGGAUGGGCUCCAAGAAUCGCGCGAUCCCACACCUAUCCUUUCUAGGCCUUCAAGUCCUCUCAGGCAAGGUCAUUCUGGCCGUUCGCACUCGCGUCCUAGGACUCCCUCCUCUCUCACUGGAUUCUCCCCGCUAAAUAUUGCAUCUCGCUCUCGCAUUGUCUCUGGCGUAAACACCGACCAGGUUCAGGCCCCCAAGAACUAUGUCGACUACGAUGAGGAGCCGGAAAAACUAAAGGAGCUUCUCAGAGGUGGUGUGAGAGACACGACGGUCUCAGAUCGGCUCAGCUUACCGUCCUUCGAUAAGGGCCUUACCAUUGAGAAGUCUACACAAGCCACGGGCACACCCUCAGCAGCCGCAACAGCUCGGCGUGGGGACACCACGUUGUCGCCUCCCUCACGUCCCUCACCUACCGCCACUUCCAAGUCAUUGUCUUUAGCCUCCUCCCCUACUCUGCGUCCGUCUGCGCCGCCUUCCCUCUAUGGCUUCCGCCUUGAGCGUCACGUCUUUCCUUCCAGCUCUGGACGCGGUUGCUCUGUUUCUCAACUCCAGCCGCUGAAUUCUGGCAGACACAUUUUAUCACUGCAGGCCAACGGACGUAUCUCUGUCUUUGCUACGCACGAUGGUUCAUGCUGUUGCUCGACCUCAGUAGUAGAGACGACGCUCGCACCUCCCGAGAACCAAAAGGACGUAAAGAUUUCUGGCAAUGUCUGGGCUUGGAAGCGGCUGGAAAUUGUCGAACUGGGAGAGUUCAUAAUUAUCAUGGUGGCUGCCUCCCUUGAUGAAGCAGCGGCUCCGCCUCCGUCAUUGAACGGCCUUGAUGACGAUCAAGUGCAGAUGUCUCGUAUCGCUAUCUUCGAGCUGCGCAAGGGCUUCGAGCUUGAAACUCAAGAAACCCGCAUCGAGAAGCUUGGCGAUUGGUGCAUCGAGGGUGGUGCCGAGGGUAUAGGCAUAUAUCCUAAUCUGGAUGCGUCGCUAACCAUAUACAAUACCAACACCUCACAGCACCUCAUCACUCGGCGAAUGAGCGUCACGCCUCGCUGGCCGCUUCCCACCCUCGGCACCAAACUACACAGCUCCAGUACCACUAACCUUGGUGUUUCAUCUUUCAACCCGUUUCAGGCAGGGCAUGCUCGGCCUAAGGACCAACCUGUAUCUCCAGGUAAAGCAGCUCAAAACCCCGGACGGAUCGAGCUCAAUGACGUGGUUGACUUCGGAGAACUGGUGGCACAGCCAACCAUCAAGGGUUUGCGUAUCAUACGGGUGGAGGAACCCCUCCGGGGAGUCGUUUGGACCGACUCUGACCUCAUCGGAUUCGAAUGCGCUUCGACGAAGCUGGCACGUACAUUCUCUAUACAAGCUGAAGACCUACGAGAUCUCGCAUGGAUUGACGCGGACGCUUUUGGUCUAGUUUUCUCGGAUCGUGUUGAGUUUUUCACUCUCACACGGGUGAAUGCAGACAACGACGAAGUAGAUGAUGCGAAUACUCCUGGAAUCCUGCAUCCACAGGCGGUGAACACCAUCCCACUCGGAGAACAGCAGGCUGCACAUGUCCUCUCUAUGUCGGAAGUCUUGGGCACUACGCUGAGUCGUCAAGGCCGUCGAAAGCUUCUCUACUCUUCCGCACCGUCCGCCACCGACAAAUCAAGCACACCGUCUAAGACCAUGUGGAAAGCCUCUACCGGCAAGAGAUUACAGCAGCCGCGGAUAACAUGCAUGCUUCCUCUGGAAUUAAACCUCCUCAUUCUGGGCUUCAGUGAUGGGAAGAUUGGACGUUCGUCCCUGUCGGAAAUGGCCCACAUUGAUACCCGUCCCCAAACUCGAGAGCUCUCGGAGAUUGCGGUGAAUGGUGCCAUAGUUGACCUGCAUAUCAUCCAGGCGGAGAUUUCUGGACAGCGACUAGUCGUCGGCGGUGCCGAUGAUGGGUCUGUCGUCUUGUGGUCCCUCGAUUCUUUGAAACUUCUAGCGCGUUGGACGGUUUUUACGACACCCCUCGCAGACGUCGUUCAAAUCCGACAGGACAGGGGUGCGCCACUCCGAGGAUGCAUACUCUGCAUUUCUACGGAUGGAACCAUUGCGGUUGUUGCCGUGGAUGAGUAUCAAUUCCUCUACAUCGUCCCAGGAGCCCAGGCACAACUGACGAAAGUCUGCAUCGGUGGCGACAGCCUACUUUUAACAUACGCAAACUCUCGAGCACGACUUUGGGAUGUGAAGACGAAAGAGUUCUGGCGCUCCAUGGACAGGGAAAAGGCGGACGAGAUGCUAUUCCAAGGCGGAUGGCUGGAAGUGUCGCUUGACAACCAUCCACACACACUUCAUGGUGGUAUCGCGGCCCUGGGACCGGCGCUUAGGGGUUCAGACUCGGCCACGACCUUGCUGGUCGACCUGGAACCGUUCCUCGCCCGAGCCGUGUCUAUCGCGAAGUCUCUCCCGUUCGACCGGAAUGAGAAGAACAUUGACAGCGGCAGCAGCAGAGGCGCCAGCAGAGCCCCCAGCCCAAGUAACCAUCAGAACUUGACGCAGAACCUUGAUCGCGAGCAUGUACAACCACCCACAGUCGGUGUUCUCCGGACCAUACUCACGGCGCUUCUGACGCCGGGGUUGAACUCCGACAUAGAUUACAUCUGCACGGAGAGGCUUGGGCUGAAACCGUCCUCGGCGUCUGUUUCUGUGGGGCUCUAUGGAAACGAGUCGACGUGCUUGAAUGUGGUGGAUACGACCGAAGGCGCUUGGUGUAUUUCUCCCGAAGCAUCCGCAGCUCGCGCGCUCGCCAUAAUCUCGUCUCUCCGGACGUUACAUCACUUCCAUCCGUCCGAUGACACGAACACGGUCAUUGCCUUUUACGCUAACGGACUGCAUCAGGCCGUGGGGAAGUAUUUCUGCAGGCCUAGUCUGCCGUAUCUGGCAAAGUGGUGGUUCGAGUCUUGCCUGGAGAUUCGAUCCGCGGCGAGGACUUUGUUCGAUGCUGGAGUUGCGGAUUUGUCGAUUGAGGAGACGAUCUCGUUAGUAGAGAGAUGGCAACAUCAUUUACCGUGCCUCCAACCCGAUGCCGAGCGGAAGUUGCCUUCUGUCGCCAUGUCACUGUUCCUUUGCGGCUACAUCGCCGCGGACAAGUACAACCUUUUGUCUACGAGUGCCCUAAACGACAUCUCAAAAUCCAUAGUCCUCUACCUCACCUCCCCCGACACCGACACGCCCUACCGCCUCCUCUCUAUCGACCUCUGCUCGCGCGGUUUCCCAAUCUGGCAACAAUACGUCGACCCGAUGGAACUCCUCCGUUCCCUCUUCACGCUCGCCACAUCCUCCUCAAAGUCGACCAUCUCCGCCACGUCUCUCGCCCCAGUCUCGGGUAGUCCUGGCUCCGUUACAGGCGUCGGCGGAGGUGGUGGAAUCGGAGUUGGAGGAGGAAGUGGAGGUGGUGGUGGUGGAAUAGGUAUUGGGGGUGCGGGUGGUGGAACGGUGGUGGGCGCGGGCGUGGGAGGAGGUGUGGGACCGCAGGCGCGACAGGCGGUCUUGCAGAUCGCGAGCGAUGCGAGGGGAGGAGGCGGAGCGCUUUUUAUGACGACGUUAAGUUUGGAUAUUUUGCAUCCGAAGGGGUUGGAGCAUCGGAGGAGCGUGAUGCAGUUGGUUGCGUUUUUGAUUCGGAAGAAACCGCUGGUGAUGUAUCCGAACCUUCCCCGACUCAUCGAAGCGGUGGUCAAGUCUCUCGACCCGAAUUCUAAUUCGAACAGGGAGGCCGUACUAGACAGUGCGACAGAGAUCCUAGGACACGUCGUCAAGACCUUCCCAACCGUAGACUUCCACAUGCAAACCCAACGCCUCGCAGUCGGCACCUCCGAGGGCGCGAUCAUCAUGUAUGACCUCAAGACGGGGACGCGGCUGUAUGUGCUCGAGGCGCAUAAGAAGAGACCGGCGGCGUGUAGUUUUAGUCCGGAUGGGAGGAGGCUUGUUACUGUGAGUUUGGAGGAGGGGGUGGUGUUGGUUUGGAAGGUCGGAAGCAGUUUCUCGAGUUUCUUCAUGCCAGGCGCACCACCGCGCCAAGGACACUCGGGAAGCGAGCCUUAUAAGAGUUUAGCGUUCAAUGUCGGGGACGAAGCGACCAUGAGCAUCGAAGAUACGCUCGAUGCGGUCAGGUUCGAGUGGGCGGCGGAGAGGAGCGUGCGGUUGAAGAUCAGGGGGGUUACGUUGACGUUUAGCACGUAGCACGUAGCGUAGCGUACAGCACCGGUUAUAAUGAGGAAGGAAGGAAGGAAAGAAGGUCGUGAGUUUGGGCUUCGCUAUAUUACUUGAUUUGAGAUUAUUCUAGCCGUUUAGUUUUGCGGGCGAAUGACUCGGACGGCGCGAUAUGGGGCCGUAGAUGUGAUUCAAAGCGUUCUCGAGCAAGUGACGGUGUACAAUACUUAUGAGGAGAAGAUGAACUUUUCCUGGUGAGAUGUGUUGCGACUGUGUCUAACUGCUGAACCGUCGAUGGUUGUUUUCGAUGGUGUAUCAUAAUAAAAUGAUACACGGCGCCGAAAUCUGUUGAAGCUCCCGCCGGGCCCGCCUUCAUAUUUCGGGGCUGUGUACGACAUUAUAACAAGCUAAUUCCUACAAGAGUGAGGACUUUCUACGGCGGGUUAGUACAGUCAAAAGGCGUAUACACGAUAUAUUAAGUAACUCAGGCGUACAUACAUACCGGAGUCGAACUACAGCGCCUAAGUCGCGGCGGACUCGGGGAAGCUACCGCGACUGAGCUCUCUGGGAUGAGGCUCAGGGCCGUCCGACUUUGACCCCGAGGGCCAAUGCAGCCGCAAGUCCGCCCUGACCUUUUCUGCAUCUUCGUGUGAGAUGAUGAUGCGGUGAUUUUGGCCGGCGCUGCCAGAGGUCAGAUCGCCGACGAGCGUAUAAAGCCAGAACUUGCAUCCCUCGCCGACGGGCGAGAAGAUGUAAUGGUCCCUCUUAAGGUCUAUGAUGACCUUAAGGACGUCGGAGACGGUCGUUUGAGAUUGGCCAGGUGGAACUAUUACUGUAGCCGAGACGUGAUGGUUC